AUGCCUGCGACAACAACUUCGUGUGGUAUCACGAUCAAUGCGAGGCGCGGUGAGUGUCAGUGCGACUUGUGGUACUUCGGGGACAGCUGUGACUGCACGUGCAACAGCAGGGGCAUCUGCGUUGACGGAGCUUGCCGCUGUGAUGUUCGAUGGGAUGGCGACUUUUGUGAGACGCCGGGCAUCAACAUCUCAGCUGCCUUGGACGAGUGCACGAAUUGCAGCGCUCGGGGCAUCUGUGUCGAGGAUGAUGAUGACGGAUUUGUCUGCGAAUGCCUCGCCACCUUCUACGGAGACAACUGCGAACGAACGUGCAGUGACUGCCUUGCGGACAACACAAUGUCCUGCAGCGAGGGCUUCUGCACUUGCAAGCAGGGGUUCUGGGGCCCACAUUGUGAGAACACUUGUUCUUGCAGUUCUCUUGGGACCAGCUACUGUGAUCCUUCGGACGGAACCUGCAGCUGCAGCCGUGGAUGGCAGGGCACCACCUGCAGCGAGUGUGCACCGAAGUACUAUCCCAGUGGCAGCUGCCAUACCUUCUGUGAUGGUGCAACGACCUGCAAUGGAUUUGGCGAGUGCAGCGACGCCGGAGAGUGUGUCUGCAUUGGAGCACGUUCCGUGGAGUCCUCCUGCAGUCAGUGCCUGCCUCACUACUAUCCCGCCGAGGACGAGCGGAUCAUCCUCGGCUACCCGGAUCCGCCGGCACGGUUCGCACAGGAGUGGCAGAUCGUGGAGAUUGAUUGUCCGAGCGAAGAUGACGAAAACACGUCGGAAGAGAAUGACUCAAACGACACAAUGUCGCCCAUCGGCAUGCUAAAUGAAUCCGACGACAGCGUCAACGCCGCCAACAUGUCCAAUGUGCCCUUGGAAGACCCGUCAGGAGAGGACAAGCGCUGCUUCGCUAACGUCUCCGUCAAUGCGAUGUUGAGCCUUUUGUGUCCGGGAUGGUCAUUGAAGCGUGCUCUCGAGAAACCGCCGCGAUUGCUCAGAGAGCUGCUCCCAACACAAAUAACCAACAUGCACCGAGAAGUGUGCGCUGGAAACUCCCGAAGCUUCCACGCCAACGUGCACAUGCAAGCGCCGGUCUGGGUACUGGGACUCCGACUGUCGACCGCCCAGAGUGGCAAGGAGUUCAAGUGUCCUUUACUCUGUGCUGUGGCGCGCCGCUAUGCCGCUAACUCCGAUAUCUGCUACGGGGGAGCCUGGUCGCUGGAGCUGCACUUGCUUCGAAGCCGGAACGGUGCCUCUGCUGACACUGGUCUGAACACGGGUCCCACGGACAGCUGCGGCGGGAAAGGCUUUUGCGCGGACGAUGGCAGUUGCCUCUGUGACAUCAGGAACACCGGAGCGGAAUGUGCUGAAAGCACGUCUUACGAGCUUGCAGAGCUUCAGCCUCUCGGCACUUGCGUCUGCAACGACCUUUGGGAGGGCCUCUGCUUCUGGCCCCCCUAUCAGGUGAAGGCUGCACCUACUGCACCUUUGACGGCUCACGAUAACUCCACGGACCUGCCGUCCUGCUCCACCCGCUGUGCGGUGGAGGGCUCGGCUGGGGCUGGGCCUGCAGUCUCCGAGAUGGGUGCACGUGCAGUUAUCCCGGAACUGACUUCUGCCGCGAAGGGUAUCCAGGCGCUUCUCGGCGAACAGGAGAUGGCCUAUGCGUGUGCCACUAUGGCUGGGGUGGCAACGACUGUGAGCGAUGUGCAGAAGGCUUCUUCCCUGCACCUGAAACGCAGUCUCCUUCUUGCACGUUCAUCGCCUGUGACGUGCAGCGGCCAUGGGAUUUGCAACGUCUUCGGAAUUUGCGAAUGCGACGAAGGUUGGGCCGGCGUGAAUUGUGAUCGCUGCGCCGACAACUGGUACCCACUAGGCAGCUGCAACGUCUACUGCACCUUCGAAGAGACGUGCUCAUACCACGGGUGCAAUUCCGAUGGCAUCUGCCUGUGUGAUGAUGGCUGGAUGACGGGGUCCCGGUAUCAGUACUUGGAGGACAUGCUCAGCCUGGAUGACCUCUUUCCCCAAGGAGCAGCUCCGCAGGUGAAUGCCUACUGUCAGGGAUAUGGCUAUGGCAAUUCAACGGACGGCGACGUGGACUGGUAUGGCCUUGACGCAGUCGAGACCGACAGUUGCAUGGAGGAAUGCAUGUCUGCAAACAUCAAUGGUGAGAAGAAGAAGACGAGUUUUGAGUUUCCGUUCGAGCUACGUCGCAGUGCGGACGAGACAGUCGGACUACAUUACAGACCAAUCUGCCACACCGAUAAUUCCUUCGGCGGUUUCGAGGUGACGGAUGUCCUGUACAGCGCCCAGCGUCAGAACGAGGUGCUCCGCAGAUAUUGUGUCGCGGCGAUACAAGAACAAACCCUGCAAAAGGGAGACAUCAUCUUGGCGAUCAAUGGAAAGAACACCCAGUCUGCUAUGACUCACGAGUUGCAAGCGUCGCUCGAGCUCUACAUGAGGGUCUGGAGGGACACGGUGGAGGACAAGGAUGACCCUACACCCCUGAUGUAUGUUAUCUCAGAGUACGCCGGAACAGUGGAAAAAGAGGGUGGCUACCUGACAGUAACAAAGAGGACGCAGAUCUAUGUUCAACGAGACAGCCGCGCCCCGCCAGAGGAGAUCAAUGCCUAUCGCUGCGACUACAUCUGGGGCUGGCAUCGGGGAAAAUCCAAGCACGAGGGCGGCUGGCUGCCCAUGGAUGUUCUGGCUGCUGGGUAG